AUGGUGGCUGACCCCAUGGAGGCUGAAACCCUGGCAGACCUUGAGGAUCCUGGCUCCUCUGCCUACCAAGGACUGUCAGGGGCCACACAGCCAGCCAUGGCUGCUGAGCUAGAAGCCCAGGUGUCCUUCAAGCAGAAAACAGGGCCAGAGAGUAGACCUCACAUUGCCCCCAGAACCCCAGGAGCAGACAAGGCCAAAAACCCAGCCCCCUUGCUCAGCUAUGGGGCAUACCAGCUGAGCCUCUCUGACAAGAAUGAACAAUGGUUAGCGACUGAGCUCAGCGGACAUUUGUAUGAAAGAUUUGCUCUCAGUGCUCAGCUGUGCGUUUACAGUUCCCAGUUUGCCCAGCAGAUGGCACUCCUCCACAAUGGCUUUCUGAUCUUCCUGUACUGUGGUGGCCAAUCUCGUUGCCCCCAUCCUGUCCAGCGUUGGCUCUUCCAGUUCCUGACAUUGUGUGUGGCAUCCCAUCCGCAUGGCUACCCUGACCGCCAGCGCAUGGCCCUCCUCGCGUUACUGUGCCGGCUCAGCCUGGAUAGGAACCUGCAGAAGCAGUCCCUCUUGGAGCUCCAGCAACUGCUGCUGGUCCUACUGGAAGGCAUCCAGGACUGGCAGGCAAAGCUGCUGGAAUUGUGCAAGUCCCUCUGUCAUGUCUCUCAGCACCAUCACAACCUAGUGACCGUCAUGCACCUCUUUCCUGAUACCACAGACAGGGGAAGGCGGUUACGGAGAAAUCUGAGCCUCUGCUUCAUUAUAAAGCUUCUCGGAAAGAUGAACAUGGCAACAAGCCCUUGGCAAGAAGAGAUCCAGCUGCAGCAGCUUGGCCAUCUCCUCCCCCUCAUGAAGCCUACCUUUUUGAAGCAGGGCCUGCAGAAGCUUCCAAAGCACCAGGAUGGGAAAGAGCAGCAGGAGGCGCUGGCUGAGCUUGACCAGGAGGCCUGCUACCUCUGCUACAGCCUCCUGAUAUUGGCCAAUGUGGUUGUGGGAACCCAGGCUAUGCCUUCGAGCAAUCAGGGACCACUCCAGCAUCUCUGUGCUCAGCUGCAGCAGCACAUCAGUGCCAGCAUCCGGGAGGACCCCAGCAUCAUGUACCGGACAGAGCUCAAGAACCUGGUUGCACAGACCUAUGUUAAGUGGCAGGAGCUGCUGUCUCGGAGAUGGCUUCAGGGCCAGAGUUAAAACAUCUGAUGGGACCGACCCAGGGACAUAGCACAUCUCUGAGCAGCAGCAAGGAGUCCAGCAAAGCCGGGCAGGGCUGGGCUGAGAGGGGGAGCAGGGACAACUCAGUCCUCCCAAGCCUGAAAAAAAUGCCUCUGCUUGGGAUGAAGUUAACAUUUGGGUUUGUAAUCUUUUGCUGUUUUUAAGGAGCAAAGUUCUGGCAAGGCCUAAGCCCUCUCUAUGUUUGCUAUUUGUUUAGACAACCUUGUGCCUUUAAGAAGUCUGCUUUCAAAGCAAAAGCUCAGAGAAGGA